GCUUGAACUGAGACUUGGACUUGUUCUGCUUUAGUGAGUGCAGAGAGGAGUCUUUGACAGCAGCUCGGACCCAAGGAACUCCCGAACACCACACGACAAAAACGAGUGAUCAACCAACCCUGGGGCAGGCAGAGAAUAAUACCAGAACGCGACAGACAACUAAACAGAGUGUCGUACAUGAGAGUCUCGUCGAGAGUGCUGCUAUCCGAGGUCCCCGAGAAAAUUGAAGAUCAUUCGCCGACGUUUGAGGUUGUAUUGGAUCCGUGAUAGAAAAAUCCCAGAGUGAAUAUUUGUGAGUUGUGCUCGAAAAUCGUCGGGGUUCGUGGUUGGCUUGAGUAGUGAAAUCAUCCGCCCGAUAUCUUGUCGAUCCCCAUGAACCAGAGUGAAACGCCAGUGGCGUGUACAGACCCGUCCCCGCCCUCCCAGAACGGAGGGAGCGUUGAUUCCAAGUCAUGCCCUCAAAUGCCACCUUCCCUGGCAACCCCCAGUGAAACAAAUUCAGCUCCCGAAGUGUCGUCCCCCGACAAAGUGGCUGAUGAGGUGAGCCCGACCAACGACGCUUCACCUCCCACAACGCAAACCGACCCAAUUGCAGCCGAACCAGAAAUUGAGACCCCUGGUCUAGCCGUAGCUCCAGCCGUAGCUCCAGCCGUUGCUGAGGCUUCGGUUCCAGCCGCUGAAGCCACCCCCAUGCAGUUGCCCGUGAACGGACCUGCUGCUCCCGGCUCUACUGGCGUUCUACAUGGAACUGUAACUCAUCCCCAACCCCAGCAGCAUUCGCCCGGCUCUACAUCAUCCAUGUCGAGUAAUGGGAGUGGUGCGCACGUGGGCUACACCCGUCAAUCCAACCCUCGGCCUCGCAGUAACAAACACGCUGCGGGUGUUACCACACCCAUCAGUGUACCUGCUAGUAGCGCCGCUCAGGCUCCUACUGUUCUGAGCAGUCUACCUCCUUCGGCUAUCUCGGCCCAGCCCUACUACCCGACCCAGUCCUCCCACAUGGUGGACUACUCACAUCAGCCACCCUAUUGCGCUGGUUUUGUCCCAACUGGACCCUCUGAUGCACCACCUUACGGCACGGUCUACUACCAUCCGGGGACGGGUUAUGAAAGUGGGCCAGGCUAUGUCAGUGGGCCCCCACCAGCCCCAGUCAUGGGUCAUCCACCCCGGCCUCCGGCAAAAGCGAACGCUAGUGGGCGGUACACACCCUCCCCUCAUUCGAUGUCAGGCAGCUCGUCUCCCUCGUCCUUUUGUCAGAACAAUAACGUGACGACGACUAGUGUUUGUGGGGCUGGAAGUGGAAGUGCCAAUGCUAGUAGCAAUAGUAACAGUAACAACAACAACAACAACAACAACAACAAUCAACACGUCGUCACAUACCAUGUGCAUUCUGGAGAAGUCAUCAGUCUUCAACUCGGCGAUGGUCAGGUUCAAGUGAUUCCAGGUCCGGCUACCAUUCGGAUGGUUUCCACCAACUCCACUCCGCCAGUUCCCUUGCCCAUGCAAGUCCCACCUGGUCAUAUGGUCCAACAAAUCUUGGACCAAAAUGGAACUCUGCAACACGUCAUCCUGUCUUUGGAUCCCAUGGCUCCUGGGACCAAUGGCACACCUGGACCCUUUGUUCCACCCCCGGGAGCAUCAAAUGCUCCAACUGGAACACCAACACCGUCAGGCGGGAUCAUUCACUAUGGUCUGGCUCCUCCCCCGCCUCAUAGUGGGGCGCCUGGCAGUGGGGCACCCCCCUCGAUUGUCCAUCAUAUCAGUAACGGAGCCGGUGCGACGCCCCUGGUCGGGGCCAUGCCAGUGCAUUCGGUUCCAAAUGCAGUAUACGCCACGCCUACGUAUAGCAGUAACUCUCAGGGCCGAGCCGUAUCUUCCACCACGCCCUCCGGCGGUCCCCGUCACGGGGUCUUUAGUCCAAACCCCCUUCAGUACGGCCCACCACCGAGUAUCCCUAUGAUGGCGCAGUCCCACGUGGCUCCGCCCGGGCACUCUCCUCCACCCCCGCAUCAUCAUCCACCCCAACAGCAGCAGCAGCCACAACCGCAACCGCAACCACCCCAACAACCCCACGUACAGCAUAUUGGGCCUCACCAUCCCCAUUGGCACGGAACCCACCCACCCAACUUUCCGGGCGGGGACAAGUCGCACAGCGGCCCCCCGGUCCGAAUCAGGGAUGCGACCCAUGAGCGUCUGAAGAAGAAGGCUAACAUGCGGCAACAACAGCAACAGCAACAGCAACAUCUACAACAACAGUUUCAUCAUCAUCAUCAUCAACAACAUCAAGGUGGAACACCCUCUCAACAUAGCACGCCAGCCACGUCCCCGGCCAAACGAGGUGUGGGGACUCGAGCUGGAUUAUUUCGUGGAAAAUCACCUGCCAGACCAAUGCAUGGGCCGACCCACCCCUUGGGCCCCGUACCGGGGGUGGGCGGACCUCCCACUUACAUGGGGCACAAUCUGAUCGUGGCCCUACCUGCGGGCUAUCGGGCUCCCAAUCAUGGUGGCAUGAAGCACCCACCUCCACCCGUGAUUUCGGGUCAAAAGCCCGGGGCCAGAACGGAUUCGUAUCGUAUUAACAACACCAACAACGCCAACAACAAUUCCUCCUCCCAUGGCAGCAACUCGGGAGGGUCGGCCACGUCAUCCUCGUUACCUGGGGGUCUCCUCCCACACAAGUUGUCAUCCAAAGCGGGAUCGCCGUCCACUGGUGUGGAUCAAUCUAGACAUGAGGAUAGCGAGGAGUCCGGGGUUGGGCACGAAGAGGAGGAGGAGAUCCAACAACUCCUGGUGGAACUCCUCUCCAACGUUCGAACACCUAAGGUCUCCGACAUUAACGCCCGAAGCGUGCUCCUCAACUGGGGACUGCCCAUUCGUGAAGGAGAAGGCUCGAAAUUUGACGCCCUCGAGCCAAUUCCCGAGUCCGAGUAUCGUUACGAGGUGCUUCUUUCCGAUAAGGGCAAGGAUGGGAAAUAUCGGUCCAUUUUCAACGGACACUCCCUGGAUUGCCAUCUGACCGAUCUACGUCCUUGCACCGAGUACCAUAUCAGGAUCCAUGUCUUGCUCGAGAAUUUGCGAGGCGGAGCCAGCGACACCGUGUCCUUCGUGACUCAAUCCUGUGAACCGGAUCAACCGGUUCCUCCCAAAUUGAUCCAACGCACCAAGACCACCAUCAAUCUGCGGUGGAACGCCCCCGCUGACAAUGGGGCCCAUAUACAAAACUACGUCCUGGAAUAUGAGGAGGCCCUCACCGGUCAGGGAAGCAAUUAUGUGGAAAUUUACCGGGGACGUGCUAAGAGCUUCAACGUGACCAAGUUGAAAAGCUCCACUCACUAUCGCUUCCGACUGUGCGCCAUCAACGAGUUGGGACAAUCUCAGUACAGUGAAAGCAUCGUGUUUUCCACCCAAGGAACCGCUCCCUCUCCACCCCAUCCUCCGGGUCUGCACGAGGUCACCAAGUCAUCCAUCCAUCUGGUCUGGUCUAAACGUGUCAGCGACGACAAGUUCAUGCUCCAAAUGGACGACAUGAAAUCCGGCCACGGCUUCAUCACGUGCUACAACGACUCCAAUGUGGAAUACAUCUGCUCGGAUCUGCGGCGGAACACCAAGUACAAGUUCCGUCUCCAAGCCAUCAACGAAGAAGGCGAGUCCCCCUGGUCAGAUUCCGUGGUCUAUUCCACCUUGCCGGACAUUCCUGGACCGCCUGUUCGACCCGCCUCCAAAGGUCGGAUCCACCCUUCUUCGUUCAAAGUGCGAUGGGAUCCUCCGGCCGAUAACGGAGGCUCGAGCAUCACCGGGUUCCUUCUGGAAUUGGCACAAGGACCGAAUGCCUGGCGAACCGUCUACCAAGGACUGAGUUGUGAAUGCGUGUGCGAAGACUUGCAACCAGGCACCCAGUACAAAGUCCGGGUGGCGUGUACCUCCGGUGGAGGGGUAUCUCAGUAUUCCGAGGUGUGCAAUAUCAGCACCGAGCCCGUGGUUCCCGGUCAAUGCGCCUCACCCCGUGUCCACGGGAAACCCAAGGCCAACAGUCUUCACCUGAAAUGGGGCUGGCCGGAAACGGACGGAGGAUCGCCGGUCAUGGAAUUCGAGAUCGACAUGACCUCUCCGGACAACCAAACUCGAGCAGUUUAUCGUGGACAGGAGACGGAAUGCGUGGUGGCCUCGCUUUUGCCGGGCAGGCCCUACCUGUUCCAGGUGCGGGCUCAUAACCGUGCUGGAGCCGGACCUUGGUCGGAGUCCUUGGAGGUGGUGAGUGGAGCGGGGUCGCCGGAUCAGCCCAAAGAGCCCAAGGUGGUGUGUCGGAGUGGGUCUUUGGCGCUUAUCACGUGGGAACCACCCAUUAACAAUGGGGCCUUGAUCCAAGAGUACCAGCUGCAGAUGGUGUUGAUCAGGAGGACCGUGGUUCAAUAUCAACGGCAAACCUCGAAUCCAUCGGUGGAAGAGGAGGACCGAGAUGACGAGGACGAGGAGAGUGCCAUCAGUUCAGACGAGGAUGUGGAUGAUGACGACGAUCAUACUGAAGACGAACUUUCCGGUUCGGAUGUGGAGGCGGAUAACAAGUUGAAGAACAAGAAGUCAAACCUACCCGCAGUCAAGUCGUCCGGGAUUUGGAAUCCAGACCCGGAGGACGAUCCCGAUGAUCUCGAGGAUGUCGAAGAGGAAGCAGUCAUCUUCGAAGAGGUCGUCCGAGGAUCUGAGUAUCACACCAUCUACACCGGAGCGGCUCUCCAGUUUGAGGCCAAAGGCCUGGAACCCGCUUGUGUCUACCAUUUCAGGAUGUGUGCCGUGAAUGCGGCCGGUCCUUCUCUUUGGUCGAACGACACGGAGAUCCGGACCCCCGCCGCCCCGCCCACCGUGGUGGGUGCCCUCCGACUCGUGUCUUCCACGUCAGAAUCCUUGUCUUUGGCCUGGCCACGCCCCACUUGCCACGGCGAGCCCGUCAUCCACUACAAUGUGGACACGGGGACCUCUGUGUUGCCCACCCCUGGACCCGACACCAGAUUCGUUCUGGACCAAUUGAAACCCGACACAUCCUACAACAUCCGGGUUCAAGCCGUGAAUAGCAUGGGCCCCGGUCCGUUUAGCGCAACGUCUCGUCUGUCUACCCGCCCCCUCCCACCGGCCCCGCCCAAGUGUGAAUGUAUUCACGCCAAUCAUAACUCUCUCAAACUGAGAUGGGGUGACUCUAAAGUGGGAGCGAACACGGAAUUGUGUCAGUACACAUUGGAGAUGGAGAACUCCAGGAACCAGUUUCAAAUCAUCUACAACGGAGCAAGUGUGUCUCACAAGGUGAACAAAUUGACUGAGAACUCCCGCUACCGAUUCCGUAUCUCUGCCUCCAACGAAGCGGGUCAGGGGGCGUUUUCGCAGGUCUACGAGUUCUCAACUGCCUACGCCCUACCUCCCCCUCUGAAAAGUCCUCCCAGAGUCACAGGAAUCACCACAGAUGGUUGUCUGGUCGAGUGGAGCUCGGUCAAAGCCAGUGCCCUCCACCAGAGCUCCAUUCCCCCGUCAGAUAUCCAAUACAAGGUCUUCAUGACCAAAGGUCGGGAAAGCAAGACCAGAAUCGUGUAUGGUGGAACGGACUUGCAGUUCCGUCUCAAUGGUCUGGAGGCCAAGAGUGAAUAUGCCAUCAAAGUGGCUGUGGUGAGGAUCCCAGAGCCCGAGCUUGAGCUCGUGGGCGCCCAUUCGCCUCCGUGUGCAUUUACUACUCUAGCCGCUCAUAGUGGCCUGGACGGACAAGCGUCUGCUUCAGAGACAGCCACGGCUCAGUCCACCCGCAAAUGGAGUCUUUUCCCGCGCCAAGGUGAGGUUUGGAGUAUUGAACAGAAGGCCAUGGGGAUCUUGGUUGGUUUUACCAUCUUCGCGGUGUUGGUCUCGAUGUUGGUUCAACAAUUCAUGGCUUGGGGUGGUAAACCAUCGUAAGUGGGUUGUUACAACACAAUCCAAUGAAUCACCCACAUCACAGCAACCGCUUCUACAAUUAUGACAACCACUUCGACUCUUGGCUAUCCAACUUUUACGACAAAUUAUCAUUAUUAUUAUUAUUAUUAUUAUUAUUAUUAUUAUUACUAUUAUUGCUACUAUUAUGAAUUAAGAUUUGAACAACUAUUUUCUGUGAUAUUAGUUUUGUACCCAAGGAGCCAUGAAGGGUGGACGAAGACACCGAUUGAUGAUGAAAGUGAAACGUUAGUGGUGCUCAUGGAGACACGGUAUCUUCUUAAUGAUCUACUUGUUCCUCUUCCUAGUGUGUUGUACCAUAUACAUUCAUGUACGGAUAUGAAAUUCUACUAGAUAAUUCUAUGGCACCUGAGCAAGUUGUUUGAAAGAGUUUAGAGUCGUUCUUCUAAGUAUUGUUACUCACCUCCUUCCCUUCAGAGAACCAUUUUAUUAGCACCAAAACUACCCUAAACAACCCCAAACAAACGAAGAAAAAAAAAACGACUCGCCGAAAAAUUUUUGAAAGAGCCAUUGACAGUGUCCUCGUCGGAUAAGAAUAGUGACCAAGAUGCCCUGUAAAAAAAAAAACACCCUAAAGCCGUCUAUUUUUGUUAUUCGAAGUACAGAAACCGAUAUGGAGCAAUCAGAUUUUUCCAUCAACUACCAUUAACUGUGUGUUGCACUCAAGAUGCUUCUCGGGAUUUUGGGUGGGAUUUUCCGGGAUUCGAUGGGGGUCGAAUAUCCGAUUUUCCAAUCAGCCCGAUGAAGCUCAGAGACCGUUUGAAGUAUUCUUAAUUGCACAUAGCAACACAAACAUACAAAUACUAUACUGAAAGAAAACACUACUAUAUCAUCAACAUUAUCGUGUUAGCACCAUGAAGCCAUGUUCUACCUUAUGAAUCGCUUUUAUUGUUCCUACAUUAUCAUGCCUUCACCAAGGCAAUCUCGGUUUGAUUUCAUUUAUUGUUUGUUCCCUUUGCACAAUUUAUGAUAAUAUAUAUCUUAUUGUUUGUAUUGUGGUGA